AUGUCUUCAACUUUGCGGGAUAAGAAAGCAUUUACGCUUCUUGGUCGUUAUGAUACAUGCCUUUAUGCUAAUGGAAGCUUAUCUAAGAUUACAAUUAAUGCGGGUGCUUAUGGUAGCUUGAGCUGUGGUUGUCAUAUGGUUGAUGGUUUAUUAGAGGAUUUUAGGAAAAAUUCUAAUAGCAGUCACUGGAUUCAUAUGGUACACGAUUCUUCGGAGCGUAAUGUUAUGGAAUUUGAUUCGAGUUCUAGAUUGCAUCAUUAUACAUUGGAAUGGGGAGAUUGUGUGUCAGCGUGA